AUGGGGAAAAGCUCUCCCACAACACUAUUACAUUGUGAUACACCUGGCAUUCAUACCAUAAAACCAGAUGUCGGAGGCCAAACCCAGGAAGAGGAACGCCAUUUGAUUGUGGGUGAAUCUCAUGUUUGCUUCUUGUGGUAUUUUAAAAUUCUAGAAAAUCUUGAAGAUUUAACCCAGACUAUCACUAUAUGGGUAUAUGAUCCAGAAAUUUCCAGCAGCGAAGAGUUGGAAUGGACCGCGGAGAAACCUUCUCUCAAUUCCAAAAUACUAACCAACUUGUUGAACACCCUGGGGCAACACCCUCACAUUCACACGUUAAUGAAGAGGAUCACCUAUCAACCGAAUCCCUUAAGUUUGGAGGGAACCUGGAACUUUACUCUGCCAAUGUCCUCAGAUGAUGUAGUGAAAGAGAUAAGAGGAACCAAAGUGGCUUUUCAAGAUUGCUUCGUUUCCAAUCGCCCCUUCCUUCUGACGUUUCCAUUGUUGCUCCUCUCCUCAGGCCCAGCAGACUUACCAGUCACGCUGCCUGCUGGAAGUCCAUUGAUGAGUGGCAGUGGUGUCUGCGUUUAUACGUUUUCUGUCCUGGUCACUGAAGAUGAAACCUUCCAAACAAAUGAUUCCUUCCUUACCUGGACCAGGAUAAGAAUCCCCCCAGGUAGCCUGAGUGAAACUGACAGGCACAACGUCAGUGAUGUGACCAUACUCAAAGGUGCAAUUGUUUUUAUAAUAAGUGGUGGUAUUUACGUAAAAACUGAGGGGUCAUUUAGAAGACUGGGCAAGAAAGACGGUGCUCCUGAAAAUGGCGUUGUUGGCGUUUCAAGAAGAAAGUGGUGUAAGGUCAGGUAUUUAUUUAAGUUUGAAAAAAAAAGAAGCAGAAUGGCAAUAUGGACAAAAAAUGAAAUUUAUCUUGGAUAUCCUAAAUUUAAAUAUGAAAAAAUACUAGAUAUCUCAGAACUGAAAGACGUGCUGAAGUUUGGUAGUAACGACGAAGUAGAAAUACAUUAUUUGGCUUACACGUGGCACCCUCUGGAGCUUGCUGCACUAGUAUCCUAUUGCUCCCCAUGCACUACCACCAAAAAGAUGUUCUUGCUGCUGUAUAACGAGGAUGCACCAAAGUGGGUACUCCAGGACUUCCAACUAGAGGUGCCCGUGGACAGAACAUUGAAAGCAUAUUUCCUUUACUCGGCCCUGCCGGAUUUGAUCUUGUGGGAUGACAGCAACAUAUACUAUUUCUACAAAAACUACAGCAUUCGUGGAAUUUUAACAGCAGAGUCAGGAGAGAGCAAUCUGUCAAAGUUAUCAGGUGGCAGCAAAAUCCACAACAUCAUUUCAGAUCACAAUGGGAAUAUUUUGGUAAAAAUGGAAAAUAACGUAAUGUUCUUUUUCAAGUCUGACAUUUCACAAGCAAUCAAGCUACACGCGUGGAUGAACACAACAGUAAAGACAGCGUUUUACACCAACCAGCUUAUUAGACCUUAUUUGUUAUGUUAUAGCGAUCAAAACGGGCUGCAGCAUCAGGAAUACCCCUUAUAUCAGGAGCUCCAAAGUAUAUUUUACAAAACCCAAGAACAAUGCCCGUAUGUGGCAUUUCAACACAAUAUUUUUAGUCAAAUUUACUUUAUGGACAAAGGAAUUACCCUGACAUUUUGGACUCAAUUAGUCUACCUAGAAAAUACAGGUCUCAGUAUUGUUGUGGAGUACUACGGCCCAAAUAUAUUGACCUGGACACAGGAAGUCUCCUAUGAGAUUGCCUCGGGCUUCUCCACCAAAAGUAUGUUAACAACGUUUUUUCAGCGAACAAAUUACGAAUUAGUAGAUAAUUACUUCCAGCUACAGCAAAAGAACAUGGGUCUCGUGCUUGUUCAAUUCCGACCUACCGAAUCUUCAAAAAUGUGUCCAGUUUCUAAACAGGCGCUUGAAAUUGCUGUCGGAUGUGAUAUAGAUAAAUACAUUAAGGUUAAAGGGUUUGGUAAUACUGACUGUUACCGCCGGGAUUUUUCUUACAUGAUUGACAAGGAAUUUCUGAGAGAUAAACCACUCGAAAAUAAGAAAGUAAGGUAUGAUGUGGAAAAAUACGGCUGUCCUCAGAGGCUUGAAUUCAAUAUGCCGUUUCAACCUGUGAUACAGCUGUUUAAUGAACAUGGCUUUGUUCAAAUAAUCCAAGCAAAUUUUAUCGUGUGGGAAAUCCAUGGCAGGGAUGACUAUACCUUUAAUAAUACUAUGAAGCAGAGUGGUUGCAUAAAUGAAGCGCAGACGUUCAAGUCAAUGAUAGAGCGAAACAAGGACCUCCCACUGGAUCAAGUCUGGGGACCUCACAACUAUAGGACUUGUUUUUCGUAUGCUACUGGGAAGCCUGGAGACCUAAACCAACCAUAUGAGAUUAUAAACUCUACUAAUAGAAACCAUUUAGUAUGGCCCAUGGACCAUUCCGGAAUGUAUGUGUUUCGUGUGAGAAUCUUGGAUCCAAACUUUAGUUUCUGCAACCUAACAACUAUUUUUGCGAUCGAGACCUUCGGAGCGAUUCCCCGCCCAAGUUUCUACCUGGUAGCUGCCUUGAUUUUUGUCUUGAUGCUCACGUUCAUCAGUGUUCUAGUUCUGAGCUAUUUCUGGUAUGCGAAGAUUUAUAGGCAAUUUAUUUUUGAGCCACUUCACAAGCCUCCUUCAAAACAGAAGAAGAAUUAG